GCUUACCCUAUUCUAUGAAAAUGGCCGGAUUUCCACUGGGCAUUCUACUUUUGGUAGGAGUGGCGUACACAACAGAUUACUCUAUGAUAUUGUUGAUUAAAGCUGGGUCGAUGUCCGGCACUUCUACAUACCAGUCACUGGUCAGCAGGACAUUUGGAUUCCCUGGCUAUGUCAUACUUUCACUUUUACAGUUUUUAUACCCAUUUGCUGCGAUGGUUAGCUAUAACAUAAUAACAGGAGACAUUUUGCCAAAAAUACUUCUACGGAUUCCUGGAGUUUCCACAGAAAGUAUACUUGCUGAUCGACGUUUUGCUAUCUUGCUUACUACAGUGGUAGUAACUCUUCCAAUAGCAUUGUAUCGGAACAUGCAAAAGCUUGGAAAGGUAUCAUUGGUGUCUCUCGUUUUAACUACUAUUGUCCUUCUGAUUGUCAUAAUUCGAACACCAUCUUUGACUUCAAUCAUACCCCCCACCGAAGAUGCAUGGGUUUUUGCAAAGUCAAAUGCAGUGCAAGCAGUUGGUGUCAUGUCAUUUGUAUUCAUGUGCCAUCAUGCUUGCUUCCUGAUUUAUGGAUCUCUAGAAGAAGCUACAGUCACUAACUGGUCUCGUAUAACCCAUACGUCAAUGAUACUGUCAUUGCUUAUCAGUUUACAGUACUCAAUCUUUGGAUAUAUGUCAUUCACCGGACUUACUCAGGGGGAUCUGUUUGAGAAUUAUUGCAAAGAUGAUAACCUGGCAACAAUUGGACGUUUUUGCUAUGCAAUAACAAUAAUUCUUACCUACCCAAUGGAAUGUUUUGUGGCCAGGGAGGUAAUAGCAAAUAUGUUCUUUGGAGGAGAACUUACAUACAGUCUUCAUUUAGCAGUGACCCUGCUGGUUGUUUGUCUAACUACAGCCAUAUCUUUGGGCAGCGAUUGCCUCGGGAUGGUCCUAGAACUCAAUGGUGUUCUGAGUGCUACCCCUCUGGUCUUCAUCAUCCCUCCAUUAUGUUAUUUGAAGCUUUCUACAGAUCAUUGGUAUCAUAUGAACAAUGCCAUACCAUGUUUUAUUCUACUACUUGGGAUAGUAAUAAUGCCUGUAGGGUUUGCUAUGGCGGUCCUCUACCCACAAGAGUGUAGUCACGGCAGAGAAAUGUUUUACUGUUUUUUAAAAAAUUCAACAUUUUCAGUGUCACCUCAUUAAAUUCUAAUCUACU